AUUGGAACGACUGGCAGGGAAAUAGUAAACUAAGCAGCUGGAAAAAUAUCAAUACAUAUUACGCACCUCAGUUAUAAAUUGAGGCUCCUAACUAUCUAUCACUUCCCCAAGAUGUCUGAUGAGGAAAUGGAAUUUAGUGAUGAUGACUAUGAUGACUACUAUGGAGGGGAAUAUGAUGGUGAUGUUGACCAUGUAGACCCACAGAAGAAUGAUCCAGAGUAUUUUCAUGUUGCAUGUCUCACUGACACCGAGGUGGAAAGACUUUUAAAUGAAUCAGUGGAGCAACUUUCAAAUAGUAUACAGGUGACUCCUUCUUUGGCAAAGUUGCUGCUCCACAUGUACAACUGGAACCAGAUUGAGAUUGUUGCAGGGUAUCGCCAAGACUGUCACAAAAUGCUCACAUCUGUGCAUAUAAAACCAGCUACGCCACCUCAGCAGAUGACCAACAAUCAACAGGGAGAAAGUGAAGCUACUUGUCCUGUUUGCCUUGCUCCAAUGUCUCCAGAUUAUGCCAGCCAUCUCACCUGUGGUCACACAUUCUGCAAGGAUUGUUGGAGCAUGCAUUUUGAAGUUCAAAUUAAGCAGGGAAUGUCCACAGGAAUCGAAUGUAUGGGCAACAGCUGUCAGGUGCUGGCCCCUGAAGACUUUGUAGUGCCAUUGUUGAAACGUCCGCGACUGAAAGAAAAGUACCAGCAGUAUGCCUUUUCUGAUUAUGUUAGAAGCCAUCCUCAAUUACGAUUUUGCCCAGGUCCUAACUGUAAUAUUGUUAUACAAGCUAAAGAAUGUAGAGCAAAAAGAGUAACCUGUACAGCCUGCAAAUCUCAGUUUUGUUACAAAUGUGGUGGUGACUACCAUGCCCCAACUGACUGUGAAACCAUCAGGUGUUGGCUGACUAAAUGUGCUGAUGACAGUGAGACGGCCAACUACAUCAGUGCACACACCAAAGAUUGUCCGAAGUGCCACAUCUGUAUUGAGAAGAAUGGUGGCUGCAAUCACAUGCAGUGCUUUAAUUGCAAGCAUGACUUUUGUUGGAUGUGUCUGGGCUGUUGGAAAACGCAUGGCUCAGAAUACUAUGAAUGUUCACGCUACAAGGAAAAUCCCAAUAUAGCUCAUGAAUCUGCCCAUGCACAAGCCAGAGAAGCUCUCAAAAAGUAUCUACAUUACUAUGAGCGGUGGGAGAAUCAUAGCAAGUCUCUAAAACUUGAAGAAGAGACUUUAGCCAAGAUUCGGGAGAGGAUCCAGAACAAAGUGAUGGCAGGCACUGGCACCUGGAUUGAUUGGCAGUAUCUUCUUGAUGCUGCAGCUCUCCUUGCACGAUGCCGUUACACCCUCCAGAACACUUAUCCAUUUGCGUACUACCUCGAAUCUGGACCUAGAAAAGAUUUGUUUGAGUAUCAGCAAGCACAGCUAGAAGCAGAGAUUGAAAAUCUCUCAUGGAAAAUUGAGCGUGCUGAGAUGACAGACAGAGGCGACUUGGAAAACCAAAUGGAUAUUGUAGAGAAGCGAAGAACCACCCUUUUGACAGACUUCCUACAAGUAUGAUGGGGGCUGUGAACAUAGCUCACCUGUCCUGGCUCCCAGUAGCAGAAAUAUACUUCCAUACCAGAGAAUGCACUCAGUGAGCGCAUAUUGCAAAUUUUAAUUGGUGUUAUCUUAUUCCAUAAGUGCACUAAUUGAGAAAAUGUUUACUGUGACUUAAAAUAACUGCAUCUCAUUAGACAUUUAAUUUUUAUUUUGGAGCUUUAUUCCGAUUGAAUGUUUCUGUUAGGUCUGGCUGGCAUUAAUAUUUGUAACUACAGUAUAUAUAUAAAAGUUUGUUUUAGGUAAAGCACUUGUCAACAGAAUAUAAAUGCCAAGUAUAGUACAGUACCUUUCAUUUUUCUUGUUAACUGCAAUCAGUUUUUUUUUGUUUUUCGUUAUUUUUACGACUAUCUUUUCAUUAAGCUACUUUGAAAGGUGCCGUUCCAGAAUUGGGGCCUUAUCAUUACAUUGCAGCUCCAGAAUGGUUAGUCAGUUUGGGAGAGUUACACAUUUCAUCCAGGUUUUAAGGGCAGUUAUUUAUAUAUUGUUAUCAAUUACGUAGUUAUGUAUGUAUUAAUACAAGCAGGUUGUGGACUUUUAUGCAACUGUAACUGGAUCACCGUGUGUGUGUGUGUAUAUAUAUAUAUACAUAUAUAUAUAUA